AUGCACGCGGAUACAAAUGAAACCAAAAAAAUUGUUCCUAUUGCUCAUUCCACACCCAAAUUCCAUCUAACACCUACAAGAACUCCUAAGGUUAAAAGUGGGGUGAAUAAGCUUAGCAACACCUUCAGUAAAAAGAAGAUAAUUUUUGUCGUUUCUUUAUACUUUUUAAAGGGUGGAAACGCCUUUAGCUGUUGGAAGCAAAACUCCAAUUCAAAAUCCAUGAGUUCUUAUAAAAGCAAGUUGCAGUCAGUAGUCACCAACCGUGUCAUCUCCUUUCUCUUUAAGAACAGAGGGAAGAGCUAUUCUGGAUAUAUUGUGAAGGCUGUGAGUCUUGUAGGUGCACAGAAAGCACAACUUCAUCCUGAUGACAUGCUGCUUCUUGCUAAUUUUGUCAUGUCAUUUGAAUCUUUUAGGACAUCUGAGUCAUUCUCCCCCAUAUGUUUACCAAGAUACAAUGCCAUGCCCUUUCUACAUGCUUAUGUUCAUUAUUUUGAUGAUGAUACAUACCUGGUGUUGCUAACAUCUAAUUCUGAUGACUUCUUUCAUCUAAAAGAUUGUCGGUCACACUGUAAGGAUGGUAAAGCUUAUGAGGUAGUGCAAGAAUGUGAAGAACUAAAGAAGAAAUGUUUGUAUUUGUGA